CACCAUUUUGUCAUUUAAACCAGACGAUACCCGAAAGUUAAUGGGUGUCUCUUUUCCCCAGAGAAUUUGGAACCAACAAGACCAUUAAAUGCAACGACGUCUUUGUUCAAAAUCAGUCUACCCGUGAUUUGAUAAAAGAAAAGAAAACCCUCAAAUUUGCGCCUUGAAGAUGCUUAAGUUCACUGAUCCCCCUUCGAAGAACUCGUUAUCGCAGAUGCAAAUGGCGCAAAACAACAACAAUAACAAAAACAAUCAGUCGUCUUUAUCUCAAAAACAACAAUUGGGAGAUAGCAAUAAAGGCAACCAAUUAAAACCCAACCUGAGAAACAAAAUCAGUAACCCUAAUUUUAGUCACCAAUCUGCAAUUUCAAGUGCUUUUUUGACCGCAAAAACAUCAGAAGCAGGUCAAAAUAAUUCGAAAUUGGUGGCUUCAAAACGAUAUUCAACUCCACAAUUACUGAAUUACGCGGCUGAAAGUUUCACUCACUUUACAGAAAAUCCAGAAAGUUACCAGAGCAUUAUGCAUUGUAGCCCUUCAACUCCUGAAUUUAACCAGACUUCUCGGUCUAGAUCCCAAAGUCAAGCGUCAAGAAACCCUGGAACUAAAAUAACCCUGGAAAUUUCCAAAAACAUGCCAACCAGUUUCAGCGAAGAUAGUUUUGACACGUUGAAGAAAGAAAAUAUCUAUCAGAAUUUUGACGAUCUGGAUAUCCCGUCCCAUAUUUACGCCACACUCUGCGACAACAAUCCCGGAAACUCGGAAACCAAAAGAAUAAGUUUGCAAGGCUCGAAAAGUUUUUCGAGAACCGAGGAUGAACAUAAUUACAGAAGACAGAGCCAGUUUUCAAUUUUGAUGGAGGAAAAGGUUGGUCGUACCCCUCUGCACGUGGCAGCCAUGGCCAACCACUUGGACGUUCUGAAGACUCUGGUCACGCCCGGAUUCGACUGGAACGAAACCACACUGGACUCGCUUGGUUGUACGCCUCUCCAUCUCGCAGCCAUUCACGGACAUUUGGAAGCCGUCAAAUUCUUAAUAAAGGAAAACUGUCCAAUCAACUAUCAGAACCAGUUUGGCAACACAGCUCUACACGAGGCGAGUUUCAGAGGACAAAUCAAAAUAGUCAAGUAUUUGAUCCAAAAGAAGGCAGACAAAUCCAUCCAAAACCAGGAUGGUAACCUGGGAGUGCACCUGGCCUGUCAAAGUGGACACCUGGACGCAAUCAAGGCACUGCUGAAGAGUGGGUCUGAUCCCAACUGGAAAAAUGCGUGUGGUGAUACGUGUCUACAUAUCUGUGUGCGAUACAACCAAUUUGCUGCCUACAAAUUCCUCAUCUCAAACUCAUACUGCAAAUUCGAAGAAACUAACUCGGAGAAGAAUACACCACUGCACUUAGCUGUACAGUAUAACCGGAAGGAAUUCGUCACAGCUCUUUUGGAGGUCGGAGUUGGCGCUGCUGCUAUCAAAAACCAGCAAGGCGAGACUGCCCUUGACAUUGCAAACAGAUUAGGGAAUGAUGACCUCUUCCCACCCUCAUCCACACUCUUCUUGCCCUCUGCAACUCUGCCCUCUCAAAAACACACAGACAAUGUGAACAAUCAAAACACCUGUUCAUCCGCCGAUCAACAGUCUAAGCAACCCUCAAACGAAACUUCAAAUACUGGAACUUCAAGCGCAACUUCAGGCAUGAAAAACUUAUUUCGGGCUGCAACGGGACGAACUUCUUCUAGUGGUGCCACCGCUAGGAAUUUAUCGUCAACGCCGACAACAACGCGACAACAACUUCAUUCAGUUGGAGGAGAAAACUUGAACGCCCCGAAAGAUAACGAAAGCACAAACUAUGAAACGGGUAAAAACGCCCGCAGCCGAUCACGUGGUGCACAGCCGCCCAAAACGCCAUCAUCGCCGGUCAGAAAGCGGGACGCAAGUGGCGGCAACAAAGCUAUAGAACAUGAAAACUCCCCCGCAACCGAUUUGGCGCAAGAGUUGUGCUUGGAAAUUGAUGACGAUGCCACUAAGCCGACAACAGCUGAAAGUUCCACUAAGCAGAAUGAUGAUCAGGGCAUAGUUUUAGAUGAAAAUGGAGAAUUGAUGGAUAACUCAGAGUUUGAUUUAUUAAGAAGACAUCAAAGAAGAUCACAUAAAUCUAAAGGAAAAGUUCCCAGGAAGUACAUUUACGAUCGAGGCGUGUACAGACGGAGCAAACGAUUCGGAAACUCGAUGUCAUCUUUGAGUACAAUUGAUCAGCAUCAUCAACACAAUUCACACUCCCACCACCAUCCCAGAGGGGGAGGGGGAGAGAGGGGGGACAACAAAGAACCCUCUUCAUCCCGACCCCACAACCACCACCCCCACGAUCUUCCCGCGACAUCAUCCUCCCGACACCAUCACCACCGCCGCCGCGAAUCCUCAGGGGGUCCUCCUGGAGGAGGGGGGCAAUACACUCUGUACGACGGAGCUUAUUUGACCAAACCGGCGAAAGAAUCGCCGGGUGAACAAAAACGAAGACACCGCGUGAACAGAAAUUUGGAGGCGGAGGAUUUCUCGACUGAUCACAGGGGGGGUCAAAGUUCGGCUGCUCACUUGAUGUCCAAAUGCAGAUGUGGAUGUUCCAAACACAUUGCAGCCCUGGACGCCAAAGUGGAGUUUCUGAAGGAGGCCAUUUUGGACGAACUGAAGCUGAGUGAAGAAGUGACCGAUAAGAAGAUUGUCGAUUUAGACGAAAAAACGACACAUCAGGUGGCUUGCGUGGACAAGUUAUGCCGAGAGAGAAUUUCGGCCGAGCGAACAGAGUGCAAUCACAGAAUGGACAGACGGGCCCUUCAGGAGAGAAUCGUCUACUCCAAGGAACUCCGAAAACUCGAGCUUCGUAUGGAAAACACAAUGAAAGUAUGGUGCGAGGCUAGAUACAGACGGGUGAACGAACGCAUUGGAAGCCAGAUGAAUUUCUACCCUACGCUCUCGUCAACUGUCAGUCCCGGAGGAACCGCCCUCGGAAAACGCCGACACAGUUGUGGUGACGUCGACCCGAGAAACCUAAGUGUCGCCGCAAUUACCAGUCAAGACGAAUCGGGAGCCGAGACUACUAACUCCUCCUCUAAGUCGGGCUACCGCGACUCGGGUGCGUUCGAAUCCCACUCGAAAGCGUCAUCGCAAGAUUAUCCAGUGACGACAACAUCGGGAGGUGAAUCACUUGGAACAACACCAAGCGAAACAGGAGCUUCGUUGUCGUUCGCUCCAACUCGGUCCAAGAAUGUUUCGGGGAACUUUGUCGGUGAUUCACAUGGGUUCUCGGGGUUUCAACCAAUUGAAGAAAAGCCAGGAGUAUCAGGAAGAUAUCCCAAUGUUUUCCAUAAUACUUCAGAUGACGCAGAGUCGGUUAUUGAUACCGAGAGCAUCUCGCAUCUUCCGGUGCUCCAUGGAUUGCCGUCCGACAGCAUGAAACCGAAUGAUUUCGCUUCUCUCGCCAUUCCGCCACUGCUCACAAAAGACGUUCGGGUCAUUUCCGACAACAAAAGGUCCAUAAGCGCUCAUAGUGACCAGGCCAAAAUGGCUUCGGAGGAAAUCAUGACCCAGUUACAGCAGAACUAUGGCUCGAUUCACUAUAAAGACUCAAGUCGUGGCUGCUCUCAUGGUAUGAAAAGUUCGUCAUAUUACAGAGCAGCCAGCACUUCUGUUUCCGGGUCGCAUAACAGCGGGGCUAAAAUGUCUCUAAGUCCUCUAACAGCUCAGAGGUCACAGGCAAGAUUCAGUUCAGUUUCGGGAGCUGGAGUGACCCCUUCUUACCAAGAAGUGAGUGCUCAGUUGAAGGCCAUUCAACAGCAGGCGGCGAGAUCAAAGGUGGUUAGAAAUAGUUCGCUAAGUGAUGAACGCAAAUCGCAUGAUUCAUCCGGAAGUGCAAACGGAUCUCUGAACGAAGGAAAAACCGGAAAUAACAAUGAACAAAUGUUGAGUUUUCAAACUCCAAUCGGAUCAUGGGAGGAUAAAAAUACACGACAUUUAACCGAUUUGGAAGCUUCAAUGAAGAAGCAUUACGAAAAAGACCAACAAGCUUUGAAGCAGAAAAUUCGAAAUUUAGAACAAAUGCUGAAAUCUUACCAGCAGCCCUCCAAUGGAAACUCCGAAAGUCAUCAAAAAUCUCAAAUUGAGAACUAAUUUAAAGUUUUUUAAAACUCACCGAAGCUUUAAAUGGAACUAAAACUGGUGGUUAAUAAAUUGUCUUCUUAUGUGCAAAGGUACUUUUGUGUUACAAAUGAUAACAGUCUGUAAAAAUUUGGAAUUUUAUAAAUGCAUGAUUAUGAUAUCAAAAAAGAGAUAUUUUGCAUAUUCUGUUUAAUUGCAGUUUUUCUCAUA